AUGGCGGGCGCGGCGCUGUCGCGGGUGCCGGACGUGCAGAUCGAUGGCGAUGGUGUCUUCAAGUACGUGCUGCUGCGGGUGCGCGGGGCCGGCGCGCUCGCCAAGGACGUCGUGCGAGGCCACGCCUGGGCCGAGUACCACGCCGACUUGUUGGAGCGCACCGCGGAGGAGCUGGCGCGGCACGGCCUGAGCUGUGAGUGCCUGGGCGGCGGCCGCCUGUCCCACCGCCCCGAGGAGAGGAAGAUCCACGUCUACGGGUAUUCGGUGGGCUUUGGACGAGCUGACCACGCUGUGACCACAGAGAAGCUGAAGGCCGAGUAUCCCGACUAUGAGAUCACCUGGGCAGAUGAAGGGUACUGACUCCUCUAUCUGUGGUGCCAGCCCAGAACUGGCACAGCUGUAUGCAGCACUGGGGUGGUGGCAGCAGGCUGCCCAUGCUCGGCCAUGCUCCAGGCUCUCCUGAUUUUCCUCUGUGUUGAACUCGCCCAUUCUCCGCUAUUACUGGACUGUCCCCGUGCCAGGUGCUCCCACCUCCCUGGCAUGGCAAAGCUGGUGAAGCCAGUGGUUGCUCUGCCCCAGCCUCCUGGUGCCAGGGGCUCAUCCACGUGUAUCUGUGAGAAUUAAAGUCGUUGGAGGAGCACAGCUGCUCUGGUGGCAAUG